UCUUCCAGAUGGGACACCCGGGGAUGCCCCACUACCCCCCCAUGGGGAUGCACCCCAUGGGGCAGAGACCCCCCAACAUGCCUCCUGUGCCCCACGGGAUGAUGCCCCAGAUGAUGCCCCCCAUGGGGGGACCCCCGAUGGGGCAGAUGCCUGGAAUGAUGCAGUCGGUGAUGCCUGGAAUGAUGAUGUCCCACAUGUCCCAGGCUGCCAUGCAGCCCACGGUUCCUCCAGGGGUGAACAGUAUGGAUGCACAAGUAGGUGUGACCCCUCCUGGAACUCAGACAACCCAUCCCGUGGUCUCCACAGUGCAGCAAACGGCCACCACCACCAGCUCUGCCACUGAGGAUCACUCCAAGCAGAAAUCCACGUGGACAGAGCACAAAUCUCCCGAUGGAAGAACUUAUUACUACAACACCGAGACGAAGCAGUCGACGUGGGAGAAGCCAGAUGAUCUCAAAACACCUGCUGAGUCAUUUAGGGCUCUUCAUUGGCUCUACCUUAGAAAAAAAGACUUAAAUAAUAAAUUACUUUUUGUUUCUAGUGCUGCUUCAAAGAAGGAGGAUGAUGAUGCCCAACCAGUUAAAAAAACCUACACCUGGAACACAAAGGAAGAAGCAAAACAAGCAUUUAAAGAGCUGUUAAAAGAAAAGCGAGUCCCAUCCAAUGCUUCUUGGGAGCAAGCCAUGAAGAUGAUCAUCAAUGAUCCCAGAUACAGGUACUGCUCCAUCCUUCCCUCCUCAGAUCCCCCCCAAAAUUAGGAAUAUUGGUGCCUUUGGGAACGUGGAUCCAAGUACAAAGAAGCCAAAGAAUCCUUCCAGCGUUUCCUGGAGAACCACGAGAAGAUGACAUCCACCACCAGAUACAAGAAAGCUGAGCAGAUGUUUGGGGAGAUGGAGGUGUGGAAUGCCAUAUCCGAGCGGGAUCGCCUGGAGAUCUAUGAGGAUGUCUUGUUUUUCCUGUCCAAGAAGGAGAAGGAACAAGCCAAGCAGUUACGGAAGAGGAACUGGGAAGCCCUGAAGAACAUCCUGGAUAACAUGGCCAACGUCACCUAUUGCACCACGUGGUCGGAGGCCCAGCAGUACCUGAUGGACAACCCCACCUUUGCAGAGGAUGAGGAGCUCCAGAGUGAGUCCACAGGAUCCUUGGGAUCCCUCUGGGAGAGGGAAUGGGAAGAAAUAAACAUGUAAAGUUUCUGUGGAUCCCUCCCCUCAGGAUCCACAGCCCUGGACCUGUUCAAGUUCUACGUGGAGGACCUGAAGGCUCGUUACCACGACGAGAAGAAGAUCAUCAAAGACAUCCUAAAGGACAAGGGCUUCGUGGUGGAGGUGAACACUUCCUUCGAGGACUUCGUCACCGUCAUCAGCUCCACCAAAAGAGCCACAACUUUGGAUGCAGGAAAUAUCAAACUGGCUUUCAACAGUCUGCUGGAGAAGGCCGAGGCGCGGGAGCGGGAGCGGGAGAAGGAGGAGGCUCGGAAGAUGAAGCGCAAGGAGUCGGCCUUCAAGAGCAUGUUGAAACAGGCCACCCCCCCCAUCGAGCUGGAUGCUGUCUGGGAGGAUAUCAGAGACAGGUUUGUGAAGGAACCAGCAUUUGAAGACAUCACCCUGGAGUCUGAAAGGAAAAGGAUAUUUAAAGACUUCUUACAUGUACUAGAGCACGAGUGCCAACACCACCACUCCAAGACCAAGAAACAUUCGAAGAAGUCCAAAAAGCAUCACCGGAAACGCUCCCGCUCCCGCUCCGGCUCCGAGUCCGAGGACGACGACAGCCACUCCAAGAAGAAGCGGCAGCGCUCGGAGUCCCGCUCGGUGUCCGAGCGCUCGUCCAGUGCGGAAUCCGAGAGGAGUUACAAGAAGUCCAAAAAGCACAAGAAGAAGAGCAAGAAGAGGAGACACAAGUCUGAUUCCCCGGAGUCGGAUCUGGAGCGGGAGAAGGACAAGAAGGAGCGGGACAGUGAGAAGGAGCGGGGCCGGCAGAGAUCCGAGUCCAAACACAAAUCUCCCACCAAGAAACGGCCCGGAAAAGAUUCCGGGAACUGGGACACGUCGGGCAGCGAGCUGAGCGAGGGGGAGCUGGAGAAGCAGAGGAGGACUCUGUUGGAGCAGCUGGAUGAAGAUCAAUGACAAAUUAUUUAUACCAAAAAUGUUUACACGGCAUCCCAGCCCAGCAGAGCUGGAAUUACAGCGGCUUUUAGUUUGUCCCACGUCACCCCAGGCAGUCCCUAUUGGCAGCAAAUGGAGACAACCAAUGGAAUUCCCAGGGAAAAGCUGGGAAAAAACCUGGAGUGCUGGGCUGGGCUGGGCAGGGAGUAACACUGGGCUGCUGGGCAGAGCCAUUCCAGCUUUGGAAAAGGGCCUUUAAUUUAGUUUCUGCUGGUUUAAUUAAUUCCCUGCAUGGAUCUGGGAUAUUGGGGGUUUUCCUCUGGGAAAGCAACAGGAGCGACGAAUCCACGUCCUGAUCUCUCCUGCAAACCCCCAGAUUUUGGGAUUGUUCUCGGUCCCAGUGUGGAGUUUGGCCGAGACUUCACUGACUGAGCACUGACUCCAAGUAAAUAACCCAGGGAAUGGGAAUGGGAAUGGGAAUGUGGCUGCAGCGCCAGCAGAGGGGGUGUGUGUGACACAACCACCUCAUUCCCAAAUCCCGCCCCGGCCCGGCCGCGGGUGUUCCCUCAGCGCUUAUCUCCACCUCCAGCUCCACCUGGACCUUCCCCUCGGGAAAAUUUAGGAAUAAAGCUCAAAUUUGCCCCCGAUUUCCAUGUGUUGCCUUAAGGACCUGCUGCAGAAUGUCCCUGCCCGGCCCAGAGCAGGGAGGAGGAGGAGGAGGAGGCAAUUCCAGCCCUGUUUUCCAGCCCCUGAGUGUCCAGGAAGGUGCCCCCGCCCUGCUCGGGGAGAAAAAUUGGGAAUCUGCUCUCCUUGGAAUAUUUUUGUACAUUUUUAUUGAUGAUUAAACCUUGUCUUGUACCCUG